GAAGUGACUGCGCAAUGGCUGGUUAGGCAUGCUCGCUGCCGUAGUGAGACUACACCUGUGGAACAACACAGGCGAUUGACAUUCCAGAUCAGGACACAGAAGAAUUGAAACAGCAAAGAACAGGAAUAGAAAGUGUCUUAAUACUAGAGCUCAACUGUCUGUGUCACACAAGCUCAGUUCACACACUCCAGGAUGUUGUCUUGGUGGUUUCUGGGUAUGGUUGGUGCAGUCACAAUCUCUAAAGGCCUGGCAAGAGAGUGCGAUAAGUUCUCAGACCUGCACUUUCAUGACUCCUUCAUUGGAACCACGUUACAUGUGAGGAUUCUGCUGUACACACGGGUGACCGGGCAAUGUGGGCAGGAGCUCUCACAUCUCAACUUCACAGAAACUCCCCAGUUCAACAUGACACAUCGCACCACCUUCGUGAUCCAUGGCUACAGGCCUACGGGGUCACCGCCAGUGUGGAUAGACGAAAUUGUGCAGUUGCUGCUCUCCCAGGAAGAUAUGAAUGUGCUGGUGGUGGACUGGAAUCGCGGUGCUGCAAACCUGAACUACUUCAUUGCGGUCAGAAACACACUCAAAACAGCAGAGAACAUCACUGCCUUCAUCCAGAACAUGCAGGAGAAUGGGGCCUCCCUGAGUUCCAUCCACAUGAUUGGGGUCAGCCUAGGGGCACAUAUCUCUGGUUUUGUGGGGGCAAAUUUCAAAGGGCAAAUUGGGAGGAUCACAGCACUGGACCCUGCUGGACCGCAGUUCACUGGUACCCCUCCAGAGGACCGUUUGGAUUCUACUGACGCCCAGUUCGUAGAUGUUCUGCAUACUGACAUGGAUGCUCUUGGGUUCAGAGAACCACUGGGACACAUUGAUUUCUAUGCUAAUGGAGGAGCUGAUCAGCCUGGCUGUCCCAGGACCAUCUUCGCAGGGAAGAAAUACUUUGUGUGUGAUCACCAGCGGUCCGUAUUCCUCUUUCUCAACUCUCUGAAUAAGACUUGCAACAUCACGGCCUACCCCUGCUCCUCCUACGAUGACUUCCUGGAUGGGAAGUGCACACAGUGUGACACCUUCAAGCCCGCUCCCUGCCCAGUAUUCGGUUAUUUCAUUAGUGAGCAGAAGGACACCAUACUGCAUCUGAACCAGACAAAGGCAUUCUUCUCCACCACUGCCAAUCAACCUUUCUGCAAGACCUACUACAGGGUGGAUAUUGUGCCCUGGAAUCAACCCAUACUCUCGGGGGUGCUCACCAUUAAGAUCCACAAUGGAACAGAUGUGGCAGAGGCCAAGAUCAACCAUAAAUACUCCAAGUUUGAGCAAUACAAGACUACCCAACUGUUGGCCCAGUUUGACAAGAGCCUACAGAGAGUCCAAAAAGUCUCUCUUCAGUUCUCUACGAACAACGUGGUCGGCCCUCGCUACAAACUGCGCCUGCUCCGCUUCCAGCUCAGCUCUCCGGAGCACCCUGACAGACUCUGUCGGUAUGACAUCAUCCUAGAGGACAACGUGGAGGUUUCUUUCAAACCCAUACCCUGUGAAACUUCUGACUUCUGAAACAAAAACAUGGGGCAAGUCAUUGAAUCCAGUCUGACGCACUUUGAAGAAUCCAACUUCUGGACCAGCAGCAGGGAACUGUCUACUUAUCCCAGAAUCACAGAUUCUAAGGACUCUUGCCUCUGAGCUAGAGUGGUGAAUACAGUUGUGAACACAAAGCCUUGAUCUCCAACCACCUUGUGGGUUGGUAUCUGACAUUAGCACCACGGGUCGCUAUCAUCUGAGGACCUGAUGCCCCUCUAACUAUUUCAGACUGUGAGUUCACUUCUGUAACUGUCCAUUGAUUGUUUUUAUUUUUUGUUAUCCUUCACGUGGUCAUGUAGAACAGGAUUUUGUAACUCCUGCUAAAAAAUGUAUGAAGUUGUGAAUGAUAAACUGUUCCUCACUAACCACUAAUAUUCACCAUACACAUGUGCAGUGUUAAAGCAGUUCCACUUUUCACUGGUAUGACAAUACCAAACUCUGGUGCUGUGUAGGUAUGCAACAGUUUACACAGAAACUUGGUUGUACGCCAAGGAUGUAAUUUACCAUCCCAAUAGAUCUGAGGUCCUGAAAAAAUCUGGGUGUCUAACAGCAGGUGGCAGUGUGGGGAGACUCCCUCUGUUCUUUUGGUGUGAUGCACAUCAGAAAUGACAGAACAACUACAAUUGCUCUUCUGAAAUCCCUUCUAUUAUAGUGAACAGUAGAAACAGUACCUAAAAAUGACAACAGCUACAGGAGAAUGUUUUUAUUAUCAAAUUAAUAUAUAUACCAGUGGCAAUACAUAGCACCUCAGUCCAUGUGAGCUACACAGCUGACACUUGGCUGAAUGUUUUUUAAUAUUAUGGUUUAUAUUGUUUUGUUUUCUUUUUGACUAUACUACAUGUUGUGCAAAAUAUUGGUGAUUAUAUCCUUUCCAUCUUCCCAAGUCAUUGGCCAUUUUGAGCUCUCAUUCGCAUUAUCUUAGUAUCGCCUUAAUAAUCCGUUUUAUGCAAAAAACAUACCUGUUUGUAUUUCCCACUAUACUCAAAAUUAAAUACAAGCUACAUCUUUUUAUGCAAAAUUACUUUUAUUUGUAGUACUAUGAAAUGUGAAUUUAAUGAACGAGUUGAUAUUAUCAGCUGUAAUUAUGUAGAAUACAACAUUUACUGAAGGCACAUAACAGGAGAGAAAAAAUAUUAUCCUUUUUCAUUUGUUACUUUUUAAUGUAUUUUUUUCUGGUUCUUUUUUUCUUUCAUCUGGUAUGAUUGACAGCUGCUUGUGGGUGAAUUUAUUAAGUGAGGUCUUGUUAUUGAAAUUAAUCAGUUUUUACUUCAAAGUGGAUUCCAUAAGUAGUUAUCAAAUCGCUGUAAUUAUUUUUGUACUCAGCAUUACUUUUGUACUUUUGUAACUCAAUGUACAUUGUCAGAUGGUGUGCCACUUUUAUGAAAAUAUAAAAAUGGCAAUGUCUACUUUUUCUAAUGGUAGGGUCAUUACAGGAAAAUCAAUCAAAUUUCAUUCUAAAAAAAUUAAUUUCAGGGGGUUUUACUGCUUUUAAACUCAGGAUAUGGUCAUUUUUGACCAUGAGGACAACAUGAUUGUUAAAAUAACAUUUGGAUACAGUAUAGAAACAGAACAAUACUUUGCAUAUCACUCGCUAGUUAACAUUAUCUCAGAAUAUUAAUUGUUUCUACAGACGUAUUUUUACAAGUGUAUAUGCACCGACGCAUCAAGAAUAUACCAUUUGUACAUUACCUGGUGUUUUGUAUGUUAAAAUAUAUGAAACUGACUGCA